AUGACUCGUUCUUCUUUUUCAACAUCAAUACCACGAGUGGAUUCUAAUUUGUCCUUUUCAUUUGCAUGUGGUGGCUGGCUUAAAAUGUACCUUUUUGGUGUGGCCAAAGCUUUGCAAGAGUUUGAGCUGGAGAAGAACGCUCGGCUUAUUGGUUGUUCGGCUGGUGCGUUGGCGGCCACCGCAUUAGCAUUGCAUUGCGACUUUGAUGCUAUCCGUGACCAUGUGCUGACAAAUGUUGUGCCUAUGGCACACGCGUCGCCGGCUGGUUACUUCCGCGUGCGUCCGUAUCUGCGCGAAACUCUGAUGCGCCAUGGUCAACUGCAUCACUUUGAAAAGCUGAAUGCCUCGCAGCUGGCUACAGUUGUGUACACGUCAUUGUCAUCGUUGCAGUCACGCCGCGUGACGAUGUUUGAGUCGGCAGACCAUUUGACGGAGACAUUGCUGGCUUCGUGCUGCGCUCCACCUAUUGCUGGACUGCCGUUCAAGCUUAAUGGUGAAUGGGUUAUGGAUGGAGGCAUGUUAGAUUUUCAGCCUGUGUUUGACGAGAAGACGGUGACUAUUAGUCCAUUCUACUGCGUCAAUGCAGACAUUAAACCGUCAGUUUACGUGCCCAUGUGGUGGGCAUUGUUUCCACCUGGAGUGAGAGAUGUGGAGUGGCUGUUUGAUUUGGGAUAUGAAGAUGGACUCAAGUGGAUUGUGAAGAGGAAGUUGACUGGUGGUUUGAAGAACGUGGUAAUUCCAGAAAAGAGCAUAAAAUGUGCUGGUGGAUGGAAUACGACGGUAGGUCGUGUGGUGGGCUACCGCAGCUGCGAGAGCCAUUUGUUAGAUGCCUUAUUCAUCGGGCUUUUCGUAUGCUUGUGGCGGCCAAUGGCAUUCAUCUGUCUUUACCUCGAGCUGUAUCUUCAAGCUAUAAUUUCUGGCAGUAAGGCCGUGGUCUUCCAUGCCGCAGCCAAGCUGCUGAUCUCGAACAUCAUUAUGGCUGCACUUGCUGUGGCUUUGGCAACUCUGGGCUUGCAAGACAUGAUGCAGUUUCUAUUGGGUUUACUUGCCACUGGAUUUUUCUUAGGCAGUAUGGUGCUGUUCGUUGGUGGAUUACAACAAGCGAGCGUCGUGGCUUCCGAGGACUGGCAGCGAUUUCGUUCUUACAUGCGCAGCAUCGCAAGUCUAUCACUUUUCCUACACAGUAUGCCGGUCAUCGGUUCAAAGGUGCAAAUCAAACGCCACAAGUUUUUGCUCGAGCACUCGCUGGUGUAUCGGUUGCGCUGCAGUUUAUACAGGGCAAAUACGUCUUAA